UCUAAUGGUCAUCCCUGGCGCAAUGAAGCUGACUCCAGUGAACGUUAUCACAUGUGUAAAGUGUAUGGCUUCCGAUCCCUUGAACUCCAGGCUGUAGUUUUGAAUCCUUUACUGAAUUUCGUUUUUCAGCGAUCUCUAUGUUUGAAUGCAACGAGCACAUUAGCUGUUGACAUUGUUGACUCAGAGGACGAUCUCAGCCCAACCUCGAAUCAAAAGAAACUUUGCUUGUGUGCCAGCAUCAACGCGAUGGAGACGCAGGAACGAGGCCAACGUUCGAGGAAAUCAAGCCAGAGCGCAACCUUCCCUUACCAUACUCAUCCAGUCACUGAAGAUUACAUCGUCUCUCAUGAGAUUAUCGGGAUCGGUGAAUCUGGCAAGGUGAUGGCUUGCUACAAUAAGGACACUAAUGAGAAGUUCGCACUGAAGGUACUUCGUGACGGACCAAAAGCUCGCCGAGAAGUCAGCCUGCAUUACCUCACAAAUGCUCACGACAACGUGGUAACAAUUAUCGACAUCUACGAGAACACAUUCGAUGGAGUGAAAUGUCUUCUGAUGGUUGUCGAAUUCUUGGAAGGUGGUGAUCUGCUAAGUCAGUUCGAAAAUCAGGGCAGCAAGCCAUAUCCAGAAAAAAAAGUUGGGGAGAUUAUACGCCAGAUCGGGUCGGCUGUACAAUAUCUUCACGACAUGAAUAUUGCACAUCGGGAUAUUAAACUGGAAAACAUUUUGUGCAGUUCUACGGGUGAUGAUUGCGUGUAUAAAAUCGGAGACUACGGGUUUGCUAAACGACCUGAACGGAACGUGCUAAUGGAAUCGCCAUGCUGCACUCCGUAUUACGCACCUCCUGAGGUGCUCAGUCGUGAACGCUACGACAAAUCCUGUGAUAUGUGGUCCCUCGGUGUUGCCAUGUACAUACUACUAUGCGGUUAUCCGCCGUUCUACAGCAUGAAAGGUCUAGCCUUAUCGCCGGGCAUGCGAAAUCGAAUAUCGAAGGGAUACUACGCAUUUCCGCCGGAGGAAUGGGACCACGUGUCUCAAUCCACGAAAGAUGACAUUCGUUCACUGCUCCGAACAAAUCCCUCAGAACGAAUGACUAUCCAUACACUAAUGAACACACCACUUGUUACCGGUGAACAACUGCCCGAAGGAAUUCCAAUCCCCGGUGUAACUGAAGAAGAUGAAGAUCAGGUUCUCGAAGAACCGGUUGUCGUGCCACGUAGUGUACGGUUUUUGAGAGAUGGCGUUAAAGCGCCUCGCCUACACAGCAUUCAGGAAGAAGUUGGUCGUGCAUUGGAUAUGAUGCGUCUUGGUAAUGACCUCGUCUUCUUGAAAAGCCCUGUAUCCUCAUGCAACAGUCUUUUGGUACGACGUACCACUGCACAUCUAAGCAUACCACGGGUUCAGUGCUGA